UUUACGGCAGGGCUCGAGCUAUACUCUGAUUGGUGGAAAAGAGAAUGGGUUAAGACGUCAUCUGCUUGUCACGAGGAGGAAACAGGAAGCGAUAGAAAUGAGUGCGGUGUUUGGAGGUGUAGAAGGGGGUGGAACUCACUCCAAAGCAGUGCUGCUCUCUGCUGCAGGGGAGAUCAUCGCCGAGACAGAUGGACCUUGUACUAAUCACUGGUUGGUUGGUGUUGAUAAGUGUAUCGAGGGCAUUAACGAUAUGGUCCAGAAGGCAAAGAUCAGUGCAGGGCUGGAUCCUGACACACCCAUUUAUUCUCUGGGCAUGUCGCUGAGUGGUGGAGAGCAGAAACAUGCCAUUCAGAAACUGAUUGAUGAGAUGAAGGAAAAAUUUCCUAAACUAAGCCAGAGUUAUUAUAUAACCACAGAUGCUAUUGGUGCUAUGGCAACAGCAAGUGACCAUGGUGGUAUAGUACUGAUAUCAGGAACUGGUUCAAACUGUAAGCUGGUGAACCCUGAUGGCACUCAGGUGGGCUGUGGAGGAUGGGGUCACAUGAUGGGGGAUGAAGGCUCAGCAUUUUGGAUCUCUCACCUUGCUGUAAAAGCAGUAUUUGAUGCCAAAGAUAACCUUGUCACGCCUCCACAUGAUAUCACUUAUGUUAAAAAAGCCAUGGAGGACUACUUUGAGGUGUCAGAUCUAAUGGGCAUGCUCCCUCACCUGUACAGAAACUUCCAGAAAUCAUAUUUUGCUGGUUUCUGCAGAAAACUGGCUGAAGGUGCUAAUGGAGGUGAUGCUUUCUGUCGAUAUGUGUUUACCCAGGCUGGUAAAGUCCUAGCACACCACAUUGUAGCAGUGUUGCCCAACGUUCACCAGAAGCUGUUCUUGGGUGAACUUGGCUUGCCUAUUUUGUGUGUUGGAUCUGUGUGGUUAAGCUGGGAGCUGAUGAAGGAUGGUUUCACUCAGGUCCUCUCCCAGGCCAAACAGACCGGUUACUCUCAUUUUCAGAAGUAUAGCCUUCUCACCCUACGCCAGUCGUCCGCUAUAGGCGGUGCCAAGCUGGGAGCUCAAGAUGCAGGUGCCACUUUGCGUCUGGACUACGCCACCAGUGCCAGUGUGUUCUUCAGCCACUCGUUCACUGAGCAGUAAACAACACUAAUGAAGACCAAUCAAGCUGGAAACACUGUUGCUUGUCUUAGAUCCCUCAGCUUCCACUGGACAUUUUGAAAUAGUAUUUCAUGUGAGCUGUACACCUCUGUAUAAAUCAUUCAGUUUACAGUGGCACUUCAGCAGCAAUAUGGUCAGUAACCCAGUGAAAGGGAGUAUGUGAAGUUACUGGGAGUGCUGGAGCUUAUUAUUCUUUAAUUCAUUAAAUUAAAAAAAAAAAAAACUCCUUUAAUUACUUCUACACCACUUUGAUCAUUUUAAAAUAUGCUUUUCUCAAAUCAAGCUGUCCUAUUGUGCACUAUGUGAAAAUUUCUUUUUAUUGUAGUUAAUUUUAAUAUUUUUUAUACAGUAUCUGUCAUAUGACUUGUCAUAAAACUAAAAAUUGCAAGAUCAUGUGUAAGUGACCUAAGACCUGAAUAAAAAUGUUGGUUUUAAAAAUCAUGAAUAAAAAGAAAAUGGGACGCUCUUAUCCCAAAUGCUAAAGCA